AACAUACUAAUUUCAAACAUCUGUAUUAAUUGUGGCAGGGAUAAUUCUUCUCUAUCAUUAAAUGAAGAACACCUACUUUUAUCUUCAUCCUCGGGCUGCUACUCUGUUUUCUUGACUACAGCAAACUAUUCUCACUAGCAAAACUACUACUCUUUCAAUGACAACAUCUAAAUUGGUGUGCUCUUCUCCAUGAGCAAUUUUAGAUUUUGGUUCAUAUUUGCUUUCUCUGUCAUUCGCUUGAGAACACGCAAAAACCUUGUGACCUCCUUAACCAGGGCCACAACCUCUAUAUGGUCCGUCUUGGGAUUUAACAGCCUCUUGCAGAUCCUCUUACUUUCUGUUUGGAAGCUGGACAUGCAUGGAUAUAUGGUGGAAAGUUCUAGUCCUGACGAUCUUCUUCAGGACAGCAGAUUCAGUUUGUUUCAAUGGCAAAUGUCAGGUUCAUGAUCUCUGCACAACGAAUGGGAACUGUGCAGCUGGGCUACAUUGUGAAACAUGUGUUGCAGUAGGAGAUUUGCUUCCCAGAUGCACAAGGAUUCAGCCUGUAAACCCAACAUCAAAGGUUGGGGGACUGCCUUUUAACAGGUACUCCUGGCUAACUACUCACAAUUCGUUUGCUAUCCUUGGAGAAAAAUCCCACACAGGUGUCCCACGAUUAUCACCCUCAAACCAACAAGAUAGUAUCACGGAUCAGCUCAAUAAUGGUGUGAGAGGCCUUAUGCUGGACAUGUACGACUUUCUGAAUGAUGUUUGGCUGUGCCAUUCAUUUGGAGGCAAUUGCUACAACUUCACAGCAUAUGAACCAGCUAUCAAUGGAUUGAAAGAGAUUGAAUCAUUUCUGGCUGCAAACCCCUCUGAAAUUGUGACUAUAAUUAUUGAAGACUAUGUAAAAGCACCCAAGGGCCUAACCAAAGUAUUCACUGCAGCUGGACUGAUGAAGUACUGGUUUCCAGUUUCUAGAAUGCCCCAAAAUGGUCAGGACUGGCCUACUGUAGCGGACAUGGUAGCCAAAAAUCAGCGCCUCGUGGUCUUUACUUCCAAGUCUUAUAAGGAAGCAUCAGAGGGCAUUGCUUACCAGUGGAAGUAUGUUGUUGAAAAUCAAUAUGGGAACAACGGUAUGAAAGCUGGAACAUGUACAAAUCGUUCAGAAUCAGCUCCUUUGAAUACAAAAAAUAGAUCCCUGUUUCUGCAAAAUUUCUUUCCUGAAAAUCCCAAUCUUCCAAAUGCUUGCAAGGACAACUCUGCUUCAUUAUCCAGCAUGUUACCUGUGUGUUAUCAGGCUGCCGGUAACAGAUGGGCCAACUUUCUUGCAGUAGAUUUCUACAAGAGAAGUGAUGGUGGAGGUGCAUCAGAAGCUGUGGAUAAGGUCAAUGGUGAACUUAUCUGUGGAUGCAGCGAUAUAAACUAUUGCCAGCCAAACAGCACAUUUGGAGUAUGCAACCUCCCUGCUAGUUUGCCCUCAGCAGCAAUGCCUAAUAUGACAGCGAAUUCUGCUGCCAUUUCUCUUAUCCCAACUUCAUUCUUUGUCAGAAGUUUCCUCCUUGGAUUUCAAAUUAUUCGUCUGAUUUUCCAUUGCUUGUGACUUUUGUAAGAAUGGAUCCUGUAACACUGGUCUAAAUUACUAAUUACAAUUCCAUAUCUUUCUCACCAGAGUAUACAGUUGAGCUCAAGCUCACUUGACAUUGAAGGUAGUCGUUUUCUUUAAGUCACCCCAGUGUGAGUCACCAUGGAAAACCCUCAAUUUUUUUUUUAUCACUUAUCUUGAAUUUCGAAAAUGUCACCUCCCAAAUAGAGUACAUUACUUCCCUCUUACAUUAGAAUUGGAUCAAGAUGAUGGCAUGGUCAUGUUAUAAGCAUUCAGAUGAUAUUGAGUUCAAAUCUCUUCAAUGUAAAAAAAAAGAAACGGAUCUUAUGAAAUUUGAAUAAUUGUAGUAAAUUCAGUCCCAUCAAAUUAAAAGACAACAAAAUUUCUCUGUAUUUUCAUCUCGACAUUCGAGGACAAACAUUCUUGAUGCCCAUUGAACCAAUAUAGAUGGCUAAUUUCAGUUAA